AUGGGCACCCUUGCGAGUCACUCCGGCAUGUCGUCCGCUGGCAUCGCUUCCGCCACCCCCAGCAUCAGUGACCUUGAUGGUUACAACUUCCGCGACUACCAAUUUCCUUCCAGCACUAGCUAUGCACCUGUCUCAUCUGGAGACGACGAUUUCGGCUUUGACCCACCACAGAAACCUCUGGUGCUCAACGACUUCCAAGUUUACAGUCCACCAGAUGACUAUGCUAUGUCUCAAUGGCCUGAGUUCGAGCGGGACGAUGACUUGAAGCCAUCUACAGAAAUGCCGCUCAACCUCGACAGCUACGAGAUGGACAAGUUCAUCACCUCUGUGUUACCCAACCCCACCACGGCCAUCUCACGAUAUGGCCAAAUGACACCGCCACGAUCGAACUCCACGGCUAGCUCUGACUCAAAAGAGGACAAAUUGUCUCCCAAGUCUCAAUCGGCCGACCCAAAACUACGAAGACGGGGGAAAGGUCGCCCGAAAGCUACAGAGGCAGCCUCUGUACCGCCUAAGGCGACUACCGCGGGGCGGAAGCGAAAGGCCACGCGAAAGUCUUCCACCACGAUCGAACAAGGAGACUCGCCAGAAGCGCAGAAGAGAAAACAGUCACUCGAGAAGAACAGACUGGCUGCUGCUAAGUGCCGGAUCAACAAGAAGGAGAAGACGGAAAAACUACAACGUGACUCGCAAGAGAAAGCCAUUGAGAAUGCCUACCUCAAAGAUCAGAUCAUGCGCAUGAAGGACGAGAUCCAACAGAUGAACGCAGUCCUUGUCGCGCAUGCAAACUGUGAAGGAUGCAAAUCUCCCGAAGAGAUUCAGGCCCACCUCAAUGCUCUCGGCAACGAGUUUUUCACUCAGCAGCUGGCCCUGGCCAGUCACAACUUUGGAGAAUUUCCUCAGGUGAACUUCUCCAGUAUACCCGUCCUGCCCGACACUUUCUUUCCCGGCCCGAGCGAGGGUGACAUGCUACAUCCGCCUCUGCCAGAGUUUAAUCGCUCUGCAGAGUUCGAGGUUCACACUCCGGCACCGGCCGAUUGA